AUGUACUUUGGUGUCACACUGCCAAAGGUCACGGAGAAGGUGCGGGAGAAGGUUGUCAGUGCAGUCCAUGUUAACAACAGUGAGCUGCUGGGGAAGAAGGCAAUGAUAACCGUAGUGCCAAUGGCCGCGGAAGUUGGAAGCGAGACGAUCAGCGUCCAGGAAAGGGAUCCAGCUACGACCGAGAAGAAUUUGAGUACAUGGAUAGAAGUUGGAUAG